CUAUUACUUUGUUGAAAGUAUUGUAUAGGCCCGCAUAAUCAAAAUGUUUGAAAAUAUGACAGAGCCACUGCAGCUUGUAAAGAAUGGGAAGACUGCUUUAAUUAUUCCUUUGGAAGAAGUUGGCCAAUGGAAUGAUCUUUUAUCGCAAUGGAAUUCAAAUGGAGGCGAAUGGUUUCAAUGUAGUUUCUGUGAUAAAGUGUUCGUGAAUGCUCAAGAUUUUAACGAGCAUUGUGAAAUGCACGACGUAGAAACUAAUUUGGAUGAUUCGAUUACCGUUUCUGAGGUUUGGUCGGAAGGAAUUUGUGACAACGACAAUUCAGAUGUUUCAAGUUUAGUCUCGGAACCAUUAGUUGUGCCUCAGCUUAAAAAAAAGAUUGCAGUUAAAAAAGCCCCAAGAAAACAACCAUUAGUUAAACAAUCUAGAACUAAAACAGCUGCAAGAAAAAAGACUUUAGCGAUAAAAAUUUCAGUAAACAAGUCUCCAACAAUAAUUACUCCGACAAAAAACAUAUUAACAGAAGAAGUCCAAACGGAAGAUGAAUCAACAGAAAAAGUUCAAAUUAAAGAAGCUCCAACAAAGAGACUUUCUGUGAAAAAAGCCCCAAUAAAAAAAACUAAAGAAAAAAAAGUAAAAACACCUAAGAAAAAAGUUAAAAAAGUCAAACCUGAAAAAAAGGUUGUGGAAAAAGCUCCUAUUGUAUGCGACGUGUGUGGAAAGGUAUUCACGCAAGCUUUUCGCCUACGACAACAUGCAGUGACCCAUUCGGACGUUAAGCAGUUUACAUGCGAAGUUUGUGGUACGAGCUUUAAGAAGUUUGGACACGUAAAGGAACACAUGAGAAUCCACACUAACUCGAAACCUUAUAAAUGUGAUGUAUGUAACAAGGAUUUUAGACGGGUUGGCGAAAUGAACAGACACAAAUUACUUCAUACUGGUGAAAAAAAGUAUAAGUGUGACAAAUGUGAAAAAACGUUUUACCAGGCGAGCCAUGUGAAAUCUCAUAUGCGAGUCCACACUGGUAUUAAGCCUUAUGAAUGCCAGGAGUGUCAUAAAACAUUUGGAACAAGUGGUAACCUUAAAUCACACAUGAAAGCUCACUCUAAAAGCGUGGAAAAUGGUUCCAAAAAGCCUGAUGACUUGGACAAGAAUUCGAAACCUGUGGAAAAUGGUCCAGAGUUGGACAAGAAUUUGGACGACAUAGUUUCUAUGUUGAAUAUUUAACAUUUGUGAGUGAUUAACAUAAUGCAGAUGAGGCAUUUAUAGUUAGACACACUGCACAAUCCUGGGCAACAGAUUAAACCUUUUUGGGUGUAAUAUUAACUGUUUAAUUGAAGGCAAGAAUUUAAAGUUUGGUCCGCCACCCAAAGUUAGGUGCAUAUGUUUGCACCAUAAGCCUACACUUGUACGUCUCGGUCAUACUUCUUAAGCUGUGUUAGUGUGUUGCUAAACACCCUUGUUAUAACAACUGCCGUUUUUCCACCACACAAAAGUAUGUAGGCAUCAUUUGUUCAAUCAUUGUUUUUAUACAAUUUGUAAAUGUAUUUUUUUCAAACAUCAGUAGUUUGAUUAACAAAUAAUGUGAAACUUUUUAUUGCUUUCAG